CAGUGUUUUUAUUCGCCUGUGAAGGAAUGCAGGACAUAGACAGUUUAUACAGAUUUACACCAGGCUCCAAUGGUCAGGAUAAUCGGAUUUACAAUGGAACUAUAGUUUAUUACAAGCAACAAUUGUUCAUUUUGGUCAGUGACUACAUUGCACCAGUGAAGAUUCGCGCAGAUGAGCUCACCGCCAAUAUAAAGCUGAAAGUCUUUCCUUUGUGGUGGGGGGGUGGGGUGGCCAGCGGUGGUGGGGGCUGGGCCCAGGGCUGGGGCCAAGCCUGGGGUUGGGACCGCUGUAUGCAAUGGGAACCAGGGCCUGGAGAGGGGGCCCAGGCCCCAGCGUUUGACUGCCCAGUCUGGUGUGUCCUCUGCCGGGGAUGCAGGGCCAGGCUCAGGGAGGCCUGCCAGAGAGGGAGGGGGGCCAUCAGACUGCCCACAGACAUGCUUAGCAUCAAACUCCCCCAGCUCUUCGACAUCCACCAAGUCCCCAAGGUGUUCCGAGAGGAUGGCAUCAUCUCGGGAUACCGUCACCCCCAAAGCUCCGCCCUGGACUGCAUCCUUAGCAGCUUCCAGAUGACCAAUGAGACAGUCAACAUCUGGACCCACUUCCUGCCCACAUGGUAUUUUCUGUGGCGCUUCAGCGUCUUGUGCUCCACACUGAACUUCCUGUCGGAGAGCUACACCUGGCCGCUGCUGGUGUACAUGCUGCUGAUCUGUGUGUACCCAUUCACCUCCAGCUGUGCCCACACCUUCAGCACCAUGUCCCCCGAGGCACGCCACAUCUGCUACUUCUUUGACUACGGCGCCCUCAGCCUCUACAGCCUGGGUUGUGCCAUAACCUAUGGCUCCUAUGUGAUGCCUGACUGCUGGGUCAACAGCUGGCUGCAUCAACACUUUGUGCCAAUCGCUAUCUGCAACACACUAUUCUGCACCAGCCUGUCCUGCUAUUCUAGAUUCCUGGAGAUGCAGUUUCCACACCGCAGUAAAGUUCUCCGGACAGGGGCAUUUGUCUUUCCAUUCAUCUUUGACAACAUCCCUCUAUUUUACAGACUGCUGCUGUGCUGCGGGGGCAGCUGCUGUCACAGUGAGGCCCUGCCCAGUCACUGUUACCACCUCCUCUUCGCCUUCCUCACCUGCUUCCUGUUUGCCUCACACCUCCCAGAGAGGCUGGCCCCGGGGCGCUUCGACUACUUCGGCCACAGUCACCAGCUUUUCCACAUCUGUGCCGUGGUGGGUACUCACUUCCAGAUGGAGGCGGUGCUAGCAGAUAUGACCUCACGCAGGGCGUGGCUCAUUGCGCAGGCGGCCGUGCCCUCCUUUCUGAGUACCCUGGGGGCACUGGCCCUCAGCAUCAUCCUCAACCUAGGCAUCAUUGGCAUCUUCAGUGCCCCUCUGCUGUGGAACCCCCACCACAGUGCCAACCACCCACUGACACCACCUGCAAAACGCAAGCAACAGUGAUACUCCCCACAACCAGUGACCAACCAGUAUGUUCAAAUGUAAAGGGUUGGCUAAACCAUUAUCCCAGUCGUGAACUUUGGAAAUAAUAACCAUAAGAAUUUGUAUUCUACCUUUUAAAACUAGGUAGUAUUUGUAUAAACCCAUUGGAUUAUUAUCACAGGAUGGUUUUUUUCUACAUGUUAUUCUAUCGUCAUUAUAAGGUUUGUUUAGGAGUUUAUUAAUGUGUUCACUGUUUACUUUGAAGCCGAAUACCCAGCUAUUCUUAUGAAGCCUUUCAGUUAUUCAGUAUCAUUGUUUACUGUUUAAAGUUGUGGAAGUAUUUCGAGUUAAAGUAUCAUAUGCCGACUUCUUUUCACUUAUACUUGAAAGGAUCUGGGUUGUAUGAAGCAUAUGUGAUGUCUAACAACACAUAAAAGUGCCUUCUUUUAUAUAUAGUUACCCCAAUGUUACCUAAGUAGUCUUAACAUUAUUUCUGCUUUGUGUAAAUCUCAAACUGGAAAAAUCUUUAACUCUAAAUUUGCAGGGAAUUUUCAUAUUAAUAUAUAAGUAUUUAGCAACUGUUUUUCAAUUGUCCUAUAUAUUUGUAAGCCAUUAUUAGAACAUCUCAAAACCCAUAUUUCAUAUAAAGUAUGACUAUCCAUUACAU